AAAAAAAAAAAAAAAAAAUUCUAUUUUUAUUUAGAUCACGAAAAUUUUGAAGUCUAAUCUGAUGGCAUAAUAAAUCUGUUUCAUAGCAAAGACGAUACAAAGGCAGAACUAUAAGCUUUUGGGCAGUUCUCAGCCAAAUUAGAGUAUGACGCAGAUAACGUUCAUCUCCACCACUACCAUCCGACCCACAAAUCAUGCUGCUGAUGAAAAUGAGUUAACUCAGAGUCAAAGAAUCGAUUUAACUCCAUGGGAUCUGCAACUUCUCCUUGUAGAUCCAAUCCAAAAGGGUCUUCUCUUUCACAAACCCAACUCUCUCUGCAGCGACAAGCAGUUUACAACCAACAGUUCGACUUUGAUCGACCACCUUAGAGCCACCUUCUCCACUGCGUUGGAUAUAUUCUACCCUCUAGCAGGCCGUCUUGCUCUUGUCCAAAACGACGUCGAUCAGAGUCAGACCUCCUCGUUUUUCCUUGACUGUAAUGGUGAAGGAGCAGAGUUUAUCCAUGCCGUUGUUGAUGGUGUCACGGUGGCUGAUAUUCUCGAAUCCAUCAAUAUUCCAGACGACAUCGUUUACUCUUUCUUUCCCAUGAACGGAACUGUGAACUACGAUGGGAUUUCCAAACCUUUGCUUGCAGUUCAAGUGACAGAGCUAGUCGAUGGUAUUUUCAUCGGUUGCACAAUCAACCACACCGCCGCAGAUGGUUCAUCCUUCUGGCAUUUCUUCAACACUUGGUCCCAGAUCUCUCGCCGCCGCGGCGAUGGAGGCGAACUUUCACGACCUCCUCCGGUUUUCAGCCGUCGGUUUCUAGACGGAAUCAUUAAUCUCCCAAUCCGAAUCCCUUCUUCCCAACUCGAAGUCAACGAGAGAAUUAAUCCACCAUUGCAGCAGAGAAUGUUCCAUUUCCCGAAAAAGACAAUUGCAGAGCUGAAAGCAAAAGCCAACUCGGAGAUGAACACCGAUAAGAUCUCGUCUCUUCAAGCACUUUUGGCUCAUCUCUGGGUAUCAGUAACCCGAAACCGAAAUCUGCACUCAGAUGAAGAGGUUACUUAUAUGAUUAUUGUGGGCACGAGAGGGAGAGUGGAGCCGAAAUUGGCAGAUGAAUAUAUGGGAAAUUCGGUACUGUUCGGGCUUGUGAAGAGCAAAGCAGGGGAGCUAGCAAAGAAUGGAAUAGGAUGGGCUGCCUGGAAGAUGAACAGGGUGAUUGCUUUGCAGACAUCAGAGGAAGUGAGGAAGUUCUUGGUAGAUUGGGAAAAAUGUCCGAAGCUACCCAGAGUUGGGGAGCGGAUAGACAAUACAAAAUGUGUCACAGGGAGCUCACCGAGGUUCAAUGUGUUUGGCAAUGAUUUCGGUUGGGGAAAACCCAUUGCUGUGCGAAGUGGUCCCGGAAACAAGUCUGAUGGGAAGCUGACUGUGUUUCCGGGAGCUGAGGAAGGCGGUAUAGAUGUUGAAGCUUGCCUUUCGCCGGAGACAUUACAAGCUUUGGCCGGAGAUACAGAGUUCGUGAAAACUCUGGCCCCGUGAACUUCCAUAUUAGUAUGCUAUAAAUCGUAAUUGAUUUGAGUCAAUAGUUAGUCUGGUUGUUGGUAUUGUUGCCCAUUUUCCCAUGUCCAUUUAUUUCUAUUGAAUCUGACACUUGAAAGGUGUGCUUACAAGCGCUUGAAUAUUAAAUGAUGCCCAGAGGGGAAAAAAAAAGGAAAAAAAAAUUUACUUACUUCUA